AAAUUGCCAAAAACGUGAAAAUUGUAUAUAUUAACCAAUUUUUGCUGCAAAUUCGUGCUACGCUAUUGCUGCCAUGUUACGAAAUGUGCAUCGCUGCAAUCACCACCUUUGGCACGUUGAAUGGAAUGGCUCAAAAGGACACGCUCGCUUUUCGACCGCUUGCAAGGGCGCUACUUAUGCAAAGGCCGAUAGUAUAAAAUUUCAGAGCAAGGUAAUGAGUAAACUUGUCGGUCAGCGCAUGUCGGGUAGCAAAAAACGUUGGUAUCCCAAUAGUGAUGGCAAUACAUCCAAUUCAAUUAGACAACAUAAGGCGGAAAUGUUUAACAGCGCCUAUAUUGCAAAACCCACAGCUGGCAAGAAUACCACACGUCGCAUGGUUGUGCUGAAUAAGUUGUUUAUGAAACACAUAACAGAUUUGCUGGCAACUGGCGAAGCCUCUGAGGCUGUUUUAGGACGCGGUUUGCAAGUAACGCGCGUAAAAAUCUCACCGGACUUUGCAUGCAUUAACGUAUAUUGGUUGGGUAGUGGUGUGCCACUAAACGAUGCGCUGCUUGAAACGGAAUUGCAACGUUGCGCUGGCAUCUUACGCCAUGAACUGUCGCAAUUAAUGCUAAUGAGUGAAGUGCCGCGCGUGCAAUUUGCGCGUGAGAAAAAACUAGCAAAUAUCGCCCAAGUGGAGCAGCUAUUGCGCACCAUAGAUUUGAGCAGCCCAGAGGAAGUCGGCGCUGGUGAUGAGGUGGUUGCGCGCGAAGGAGUGGAGCAUACGAAUUACAAUUUGCUGGCAAAUAUGAUGCAGCGUGAGUUUUAUGGCAAAAACGCAUUGGAUUUAAAUGAAAACGUUGAUGGAGAAGCAGAAGAAGAGCACUUCCCAGAAAUGCGUCAUGACGUGCUUGGCCUAGAUCAUCGCCAUAUUAUGUCUAAGUUAAUGACAAAAAUGCGCAAAUCUCAACAGGCCUGGGAACAACAUACACAAAAGACAAAUAUGACUGGUAGUGAGAUGGCGGGGCCUAGUGAAUCGCUUGAGCGCGUUCAACAAAAGCUUGCUGCUGCAGCAGCGCAGGCAGAAGGUUUCGAGAAAUUUUUAGCUAAACGACGUGAACGUAAAAGUACGCCAGAACGCAAACGGCACGAUCGUGUAUUGGAAUGGAUAGAUGAGCGUGCAGAGCAAAUAACUGCAGAAGCAGCGGCAGAUGCGGUGCUUACACCGACACAGCGCAAAUUGCUUGAGGCUGAAGAUUAUUUAUAUGAAGAUGAUGACAAGGGCGAGCCCAAUAAGAAAUAAAAACCGUUUUCCUAUAAGUUAGUGUAUUUAACCAUAGACGUACAUAUGUAUGUAUGUAUGCGUGCCUAUAAAUUGAUUUAGUUCAAAAAAUAGGUUAGUCUUUAAAUUAAAAACUUGU